GAUUAUAUUUGGCAACACUGUAUAACGCGUGCGCACCUCUUCCCUAAGCCUCAGUAGCAUUACACGUGUCGCUCCAACCCACCUCUUCACCUCUCCAGCCCUGCACCUCACACCGACCCACUAAUGAGUUUCAGAAGGCUGAAGUUGAAGUGACAAGGGGUUUUCAAGGUUUUUCUGAAUAUGGGCCUUUGUUCCGUCUACUUAGGAGGUACUGCAUGGCGUGAAAGUAAAGAACGACUUGGAGUGAAUGAACAAAUGAAGCGCUUAGUGGAGGAAGGUGAAGCGGUGGAGGGAAGCAGUGUGGUGGAGGGAAGCAGUGUGGUGGAGGGAAACAGUGUGGUGGAGGUCUGUUUGUCAGGAGAGUCACGUCAUGGUCCACGUGGCGGCGUGAUGGGAUGGAGUAGAGGAGGCGUGAGGUGCCCGCUUGCAAGUUGCCAGCCAUUCCUCCUCAGCGACGCGUGGAGCUCAGGCGGCGCUUGUCUGGGGCUGUUAAUCCUGCAGCAGACUGCGCGGCCCCUCCUCGCCUCCCGGCACCGGACGUGGACCUACCUGUUUCCAGUCAACCUGUGAGGCUCUGUCUGUUAAAGGGGAUGUGCAGAUCAAAGUACAAACUGCCUUGAUGAAACGUAGGAGGAAGCGGGUGAAUAUUAGUGCUGGGAGGAGACGCGCUUAAUCCCAACAGCCGCGGAAUUGCAGCCAGGGUGGGGAGUGGCUAGUGGGCGGCAUGGCGGUGUGUGAUGGCCGACGGCACUCAGCUUCUUGGCAGGGUUCGAGGAAGAGGAUGUCUUGUUACGGCUUCAAAUAAAGGGCAGACGUGGACCAAGGGCGAGGGAAGGAUAAAUAAACAAGGGUGGAACAGUGAGGCAGGGCUAAGGCAGGAGCAGGCUGGGAGGAGGCAGUGACGAGCAGGGCAGGGUGAAGUGGUGAUUAUUAGGGAGGCAAAGGCCAGCCACCGCAGUGCCAUGGGAACCUAAAAUGUAAAUUUGAGGUCAGGGUCUGGCGGAGGUGCUAUCAGUAGUGUAGUAAAAAAAAUUAGCGGUACUGGCUCAUCCUUCUUCCCCUCCCCACCUCCCCACCCCUUAUUGACUCGUUCCCUGCCCCCUUCACUGAAUCAGGUGAUGAAAGUUAUGUUAAUUUAAAAGUUAGCUUUGAUAUGUUUCUAAUUUAAUUAAGUAUUGUUAAUUUAGGAGAGGAGGUUGCUGGGUUGUUGGGAGCGCGACGUGGCGGAGGUGGACGCUGCGCUAAGGCUUCGUGUCCCGCACUGGUUGAAAGUGAAGCUCCGAAAUGCGGCCGCGUGUUACAGUACCGGUUUAAUUUGCGUGGCCUUUUCCUUUGUUUUUUGAGUGGGUGCUGGUGAGGAGUGCGGCGGCUGGCAUUUGCUGGCCUGAGGAAAGUGUGUGGUGGUGCUCAAUGGAAUCCGGCCGCGUAUUUCAAUUAAGGUAUCCAAGUCUGUGGAUACAAGCCUGUCUGUGUAAAUGAGCGACGCUCACAGCAGCGAAAAGGUUAAGCAGCGUCCAGACGAUCGAGCUAUUUGACCGUUGACUUGCUUAUUAAAGCCGGGAAAGUGAUUAUGCUGGUAGUUGUGAAACAACCAGACACUGCGACCACUCGCUCUCCGGGUAUGGGUGGGCCAGAUCGACACCGUGUGGAAGACACACUCAAGUCGUGGACGGCCCUGUAAUCCUAGAAAAGAUUACUGAGUUCCACUGAUCAUCGUUUUUCUACCAUAAACUCGACUUCAUGUACUUUGGUUCGUCAAAGAAUUCAGCCAGUCUGGAAGAGAUAGGAUAUGUAUUUGUUGUGUAAAUGGCAACGAACUCCUCAGACAGCACUAAUAAACCGCAGGAGUAAUAAAAUAACAUAAUUGCGAAAACAAGUUGAUAUGAGAAGGCAGAGAGAGCACUGACUGAUUCAACACUGCCUAGGAUAAUGAAGGUUUUUUUAGAAGUCAGUAUAAAAUGUAUUAAUUAAUAUGAGCAUGUGUGUGUCAUGCAUGAUUCAGCUAUUGUUGAGUCACGAUUGGCAGCUUCCUGAAAAACCGCUAAUGUAUUGCUGAUUGAGAGAGAGACUUGAUGCAUUUAUUCUCUGGUUAUUUGUUGCAAAACUUUGGACAUAUAUAAUAUGACUUUGUUCGGGAAGUAACAACAUGAAUGAAGAAUGUUAUUUUCCGGAUACGCCCCACCGUGGCCUGGUGUGUGCUCUGUUGCUGCUGCGCCUCAUCCUCAACUCUUAAACUUUUAAUUUUUUUUAUGGGUGUGUCCAGUGUGUCAGACUUUGUGGACUUGCAGUGUUGCGAGUAACGAAGCCUCCCAGUGCAAUGAGUAUUUUUAUUUUUACUUUCUACUGUGAAAAAUCUGUCCUAGUUGAUCUCCGGAGACUCUUCAAGGUAUCAAGGUAGCUACCCCUAGUUGAGUUGAUCUCAGGAGAUUCUUCAAGGUUCAAGGUAGCGGUAGCUGUCUUUGCUCCCAUGUCACUACAGGUGUUCGAGUACUAGAAUAAAAAUAUAGGUUAUAUAAUAUAGGUAGUAAGUUUUGUAACGAUGUUAAACUAGAUCCUACUUUCCUACUUCUCUACUUUACAUAUUAAAAAGCCAGCUGCUCUAUACAUAUUAAAAAGCCAGCUGCUCUUGGUGGAUUUGCUUCUUGAAGCAGGCGAGCACAUCGUGGAUGCCUGGGGCGUGUGGGGGGAAACAGCGUGUGGACCAGACACCUGUAAGUGGAAAAAUGUGAAAUUAAGAUGAAAUUAAAUUAAUUAAUCGUGAUCUGAAAGUUGGGAAUACAGCACCCUUAACCAUGUGACGUACUUGAUACUGGCAACACGUGUAAACCGAUACUCUCGGCUCUGAUGACAGCGAAUAACGUGGCGAGGUGCCCGCUGUCUGAUGCACGGGAUGCCUCGUUUCGCCACAGUUACGGCACCAGUCUUUCCUCUACCUACACAGGAAUACCAACGCAACACGCCAAGAUCCGAAUCCAGCAGCACUCGUUACCACCGCGCCCUCUCCUUACGCUGCCCCGAUGUACAUACACAAUCCUGCUGGUACAGUUCUGGGUAACGAGGCUUGUACCGAACGAGGUUCGUACCGAGGCUUUCCCCAGCAGGUGGCCACCCGCCCACGCUGGAUAGGGGGUGAGGUUAGGUUUAUUAAUAUAGUCAAACACGUCCGGUGUGUCAUGACUGAAAAUACCCCAACGUAACCUAAGAGUAGGACUGCGCACGCGCCUGACAUUCCUCGGCUGCUCCUCUGUCCCUUUCCUCACCACUCCCCAGCACACUCUCGUCACAUGACCAUAUUUCCCUGAGCUAAAGAGAGGAAAGCCAACAAACGGUACGGACCAGCACGCCAGUAUCCCCCACCACCACACGUGUCGCUGCUCACAUCAGAAAUCAACGUAAACUCUUCUAACGACAUCCAACCACCAAAUUACAGGAUCACCAGCGGUCACGUGAGGCCAUUACCACCACCAUUCCCACCCCUACUACCCCUCCAGUGACUAGCACAUUAUGAAUUUAACUGACUUUUUGUCACUGGUCACUUUUUUUUUCUCGACGAUCUGUAAUCUCCUUAACUCCUCCUCGCUCCACUGCCCCUUCUUACCACAAUCUGCCUCUACAACUGCUAAUCUCUAUCCUACCCUGCACCCUCCGUCUCCUCCAGCCCUGGCCGCUCUCCGUCCAUAGCCAGCCAACACAAACCUGUCACUUACCCAACCCAUCCACUACCGUCUUUAACCACCUCCACCACCACCAUGUCCUGCCCACUAUCACCUUAUUUCCUCACUCCAUUACUCCCCUUCACCCCACCUCCUGAGCCAGUCUGUCACUACUCGCCCUCCCUCACUCCCUCUCCGUCGACUCCUCAUAAGCACAGGAUGAGGAUGGUGACAAGCAGUGAGGAGACUUCUUAAUCUGCAAUAUAAGGAGAUUUAUAGCAUUAUAGUCAAUAAAAUGAAUAAAAAAUAGGUCUGCAUUAUAAAUCUUCACGUAUUUUACCACGUAUUUUAUUUACCUCUGCUACUUUUUAAUGGGCUCUCAGUGAAGUUACUGGGACUGCAAAGUGUGUUUUAGUCAUUAUGUUUUAGUCAUUCUAUGUUUUAGUCAUUCUAAUUAAAUUUUAACAAGGAUUCUGCAUCUUUAAUAAGAAACAACGCCAGUGAGAGCCUGACUGAUCAUCUAAGUGGCCUCUGGAAGCAGUCUAUGAACGCAAAGUGCUAAAGAAUAUGGGUUUCGGUUCGAUUUAAUGAUCAUGGUGUCCUGUCUGUCCUUCUGUCUGACUUGCUGUCUUGUGUGUUUUCUUCUGGUAUAGUAAUGGUUGUAGUGGUAUAGAUGUAGUCACUUGAGUUCCUGUUUGUCUGUCUAUCUGUAUGCCUUUGUGUAUAGUAGUGGCGGAAAUGGUGAUGGUAGCGGUGAUGACGGUGGUGGUGAUAGUGUAGAGGUGGUCAUUUCACUUCAUGUUGGUGUCCCUCGCGUGGUGAGGGUCGUGCCGCCCCUCCAAAAGUUUGAAAGGUGCCCGAGUGUCUGUUUGUCUUGCUCCUCCUCCAGAAAAGGGCCCCAGACACCCCUUCCCGCCGCCCUUUAUGUGCCGGGCGGUGACAGGGACGCCAGCAGGACUUGAACACCGUAUUGAGGGGCGCCAAGGGAGCGGGGACUGAGGAAAGAAGGGUGGCGUUAUCAUCGUCGUCGUGGUUGUUGUUGUUGUUUAUUUUGUGGACUCGUGUCUAUGCAUAAAGAACUCGUGUAUAUUUGAGUGACAACACGGUAUUAUAUUCAAGGUAACUAUUGACAGGAAACAAACUAUCACACCUCUCAUGUUUUCACAAUAAGUUACUUUAUUAAUGGUAUACAUCAAAUGAAUAACCUAAUGGUACACAUCAAAUGAAUAACCAAG